AUGGCUGAUGAUGUGAACUGGGUGGCUGAUGAGGUCCGGCCUGCGGCCUCCGGCAGCGGCUCGUCUCGCAGCGCCAGCCGCAGAAAGAGGACCAGCUUCUCCAAAGAACACGUAGAGCUUCUACGCGCCACCUUCGAAACCGACCCGUAUCCCGGCAUCAGCCUCCGGGAGAACCUGUCCCAGACCACUGGCUUACCUGAGUCACGCAUCCAGGUUUGGUUCCAGAACCGUAGAGCCCGCACCCUGAAAUGUAAAGAAGCAAAAAAGGCUCUGUGGAUGUCCAGUAGCCCGCAUCAUGAUGCUUUCUCUUCGCCUCCAAGCGUCGCCAGCAGCGGGUCACCGGCGCCGCUGAAGCCUCGGGGGCCGCCGCCCACCUAUCCAGCCCCCCUCAAACAGGAAAUGGACAAAGCCACCUACUACAGCCAAUAUCCUCCUGCUUACUCCCCCCCUGAUCAAUACAGAUCCUUAUUUGGGCAUCAGAGUAGCUACACCAGAGAGUCCAGUCCGCCCAUGUGGGGCAUGUGGCCCCAGCCAGGCACCCAAACCCCUCCUGCCCCCCCUCUGUGGUGCAAAACGCUGGAGAUGAUGAACUUCGCCGCCAACGGGUCAAACGUCUCGUACCCGGAGCAGCAGAUGUACAGCAACUCCUCCUCCACCUCCCAGCCCUCCACUCCAAGCACGCCGGACUCUGGGUACUGGGACGCCAGCGCCAGGAACAACCCUCAGCUGGGAGGUCCGUACUCUCAGCUGGAGAGGUUUUGGACCGGGACGGCUCUGGAGGAGAGCGGCGAGCCGCAGCCCCCGACGAUGACCCAGCAGGCCCCGCUUCCUGUUCUGUCCCUGCAGGACAUCCUGGGGGAGUUAAACGAAAACUGGCUGGAAGGAGAAAUUCUGGAGGGUUGUGCUUCUGAAGAAAAAACUGCUUCCUGUUGAUGCUGGAUCAGUUCAGAUUCUUGGAUGUUUAUUUAUAGCUGCAGUGUGUAACUUUUAUGAAACAUAUUUUUUACUUACUUGUUAAAAAUGUCACUAUAUAUGAGUCAGAUAAUCUUUGAAUAAAUUGAGCUAGAAACAACAAAUCACAGCCAGGAGGCGGGUCUUAGCGUUGUCAAUCACCCUUCCCACUCACCCCCUUGCUUUCUGCUACUAAUAGAGAAUGUCAUAAAGCUCAGGCUUGUUAGCAUGACCACAGAUGACAGUUUUUCUGUAAUGGUAGCUGAUUCUCCACCAUUAGCACAUUUAGCAUUGCAUACAUGAUCUUGAUUGAUAUCGCUAAGACCUGCCUUCUGGUUCUGAUUGGUUGUUUAGAGCGCUGCAGUUCUUCACUUGGUGACUGUUUUAACAAAUAUUCUUAAUAAAAUUCACAUACUGCAGCUUUAAAGUAUGUGCAGCUUUAAAAAAAAAAUAUAUGUUUUGUGCUUAA